AUGGCAAAUGCGCCUUGUGCUAAUGCUGGCUAUACUUGGAAGGCCCGGACCGUUAACGAUGGGAACCGGCCAGUGGCGCCCGCGCCGGCGGCGCCGCCUGCUUCGGGUUUCAAAUCUAAACCAAAAUUACGCGUGGUAAUUUAUGCUAAAUCAGACAAUAUCUCAAUGAAAAUGGCUCAAAGCCCUAGAAAAUACGGGCAAACUGGUUCGUUUUCGUUGCCAACAAAACUAACAUCGAUGUGUUCUCUUAUUAUUUGGAAUAUUUCCAAGGUGCUUGAAAAGGAUCCAUGUAUGGAUUUAAGGCAUGCGAUGCGCUCGGCGCACGAGCGAUUUGAUCGUGAGUCGCGUGACGAGCUCGAAAUGAUCUCACAGACGCCGGAGGAACGGCAUCUCACUUGCGCGAUACUAGCCUGGCAGCAGCUUGGGCACAAAGAUACAGACAGCCUUUAUCAAUUCAUCGAACAAAAUCGUAAUAAACCCGUUCAACAAUCUUCCGAGAAUUCAAAUAACGCGAAUAUUGAUAUUGUCAACAAAUCAAGUAUAUAUUCGAAACCGAGGAAUGAUUUUUAUCACGAACAACCAGUGUAUUCUAAAGACAUUGACUCCUCGAAUUUUGACACCAAGUCACUAAUGGGACCCGUGGUUAAGUUGCCGGUAGAAACGAAAAUUAUUAUGCGCAUGGAAAGCACGCCUUGUUCACAUCAUACUACUAGAAAAACACAAAAAAAUCCAAAUGAUAUAAUGAACAAAAUAGAUGCUGCGUGCUGCAUGGAUUCGGCUUGUGUGCAACGCUUAGCGGAUUUGGAUACAGCGGUGUGUGAGCUAAGAAGUCGAGCGGCAAAACUCGCUCGUCGUGAAGCUGAACGGGUUGAACUGCUUGAACGAGCUGAAGCCGCCUGGAAGGACCUAGAACUUGGUUUCCAACGUCGUCUUGGCUUAGCGUUAGAGAAAGAAGACGAUAUCACUAAACAAAUAAAAAAGACAAUAGAGGAACGGAACGGCUACAAAAGUGUUUGCACUGAAUUGGCCAAGAAUGUUAAAGAGCUCGCACAGGUUGCCGAGGAGGAACGAGAUAGCUUAACAUUGGUCGAGAAAGAUUUGUGUGAACGCGCUUGUGUACGACUGCGACUAAGCGAAGAGGCAGCACGAGGCGAUAGUGCCUUGGCGGAGCAGCUCUGCAAAGCAUCUCAAAUGGAUAGAGAUCUUCAAUUUAAAGAAGAUCAGGUUCGUAGAAAAGUUUCAUCUCUAGAGAGUGAAAUACAAUCGGCACGAUGUUUAACGCAUGAAGCAGAAAUAGCGCUGCGUGGGGAACUCGGAAUGCUUAAAGAACAGAUUACACAAGUUUCAAAUCAGCUAUUGAAUGAAGAGUCUGAGGUUAAACAAAUUAAACUACAACUUACAGAAUUACGGACAGAGAAAGUAGGCUUAUUGGAAGAUCUGGAUGGUUGCAAGACAAUGUGCGAUAAUCGCAUGCAAGGGAAAGUUAACGAGUUGAAGCAGAAAAGAGAGGAACUAAUGAAACUUAAGGAGAAAGUGAUAGAAUGCAGAUGUAAAAUUCCUCUGGAUGAAGCCAUAGAUGUGAAGCGAACUCCUUCUCUCGCUGCCCUUUGUCAAUGCAUUUCGGAGGAAAAGUUACUUGAUACAUGCUCAUGUACUUCUAUUCGUACCCAACUCUUAUCUACCUUACUCUCUGAUCUCUUCGGAGGACUCCAGUCUGAAUUAAGUGAAUCAGGAUCAACAAUGCCAUGCCAAUUACUUAAAUGUCUAGAAGAUAAACAUAACUGGGAUCGUUCUAGUGUUGUUAAGUCAAACCUGCGAAAUUUUUUUGAGCAAUUACUCGUUGGAGAGCUUGAUAUUGCAAUUGCUACAUCUAUUGAAAAAUAUCACGCAAAAUGGAUCGGUAAAUCUUGUGUGGAUCGGACACAAGUAAUGCCUUAUAGUGUGGAAGUAAACGAUGCCGCGCAAGAGCAAGACAUAGAACGACGAGCACAAAAAAUGGCUACGAAACUGGCAGAACAACUCUUUAACGAGAGAGCCGAUCAAAUUACAAAAAGAGCCAAGGAAAUUAUUUCUAAAGGACCACCUCCCUGUGAAUGCAGGCCGCAACCAGCAGUAUUUCAGUGUCUCGUUAAAAGACCAAAUACAACACACAUUGCUCGAAAAAACACAGAGAGUCCACCUUCAUACUUUAAACGUACAUUACAAGAUGUCACUCAACUUAAGGUUCAAGUUGAAGAUCUUAGGAAGGAGUCCGUCAAAAAGGAAGAUCUGCGACAGAUGGAAGGGAAAAUAGCAAGAAUAGUUAAACGAGCUUCGAAACAGAAUAAUAUUCCAUUAACAAACAAAAAAAUUAAACGUAUUAAGGAUGUCGAAGAAAAAAAAAAUGAAAAUACAUUUCAAAAUGGUAAAACUUUAGGACAAUUAGAUAUAUCUGAGAAUAAGGUGGUGGCUUAUAGUACAAAACAAAAUAUUAUCAAAUCUAAUCAAUAUGGAGUUAUUGAAAAUAAAAAGAAAAAAAUAUUAAAAAAAAUUGAACAGUCAUUUGCUGUAAAUCUAUGCUUAUGUGGAACACGGGAUAAUUCAAUGCAAGAUCCUCCCCAAAAGGAUAACUUUCAAGUAAAUAUAUCAAAAAAUAAAAUGGAAACCAUAUCUAGUUACAAAAUGUCACAAAUAUCGCCAGAAGAAGAUGCCGAUACUCAAGCUAAUAAAUUUUCAACACAAACUAGUUGUCCUAGCGAGUGUGUUUGUUUUCAUAAAAUUCCAUCAAACACUUCAAUUGAAAAACUUUUAGAUACUUUAUUAAACAGGAAAGGAGACAAAAAUGAUGUGCUUUAUAAGUCGAUAUUAUACAACCAAAGCAAAGAAAAUCAAACAAAUGACAAUAACCUUUCUCAAAAUUUGAGUGAUGACAUAAAACAAAACAAGUCAACCAUAUAUUUACCAGUUAACGGAAUAGACAAAAUAUUAAUAGAGGAUAAUAUUAAUCCUACAUUUCCAUGUGAUCUUGUACCGGAAUGUUGUUCUAAUGGUCAUGAUAUUGGUACGAAUUACGAUGUUUACCCUAAUACCACUAAUUCUGAGUAUAUUGGCACAGUUAAUUUAGAUAAAAAUCAGAUCCACAAAAUACAAACUCCAAACAGCUGUAAACUUGAUUUCAAAAAAGAAUCACAAGUUUAUUCCGUGCAAGCCAAUUCCAGAUUCAAAAGUGUUGACAAAGAAUCACACAGCAAUAGUAUUAAUAAAAAAGAUUUAGAAGUAUGUGGGAAUUCUUAUGUUGGAGAUGUUUUAAAAAAAUCAGACUUGUUGUCAGACGAUUGUGAUUAUUACGUAAAAUUUUUGGGAGUUACACUGACAAAUGCAAUAAAAAAUACUAAAGAGAUUGAUGAAAUGAAUACAAUUUCUACUUUCACGAAUCUUGGUAACGAUAACCUCAAUAAUUUAGAAGCAAUGGAAAUAAAGAAUGACAUAACGGCUAGUAUUUCAUCAAAUUUAGUAAAAGAACAAUUGGAAGUACCUAAAAAUGCAGUUACCAAAACAAUAGAUUCCAUAUGCACAAAUCACUGUAGUGGAUAUAAAUUGAAUUGUUCGUAUGUUUGCCCAAUGGAAAUUUGCAAUAAAUCCGCAGUUGGAACAAAAUAUGAAAAAAAUGAUCCUAUAUCGAAAAUGGAAGAUAAACCUGAUGUUGGUAAAAAAAGAAAUAAACCAAAUAUAUUAUCAAGAUUGUUUAUUUGUUGGAUAUGUCCAGUUCUCUACAGAGGAAAUAAAAGGGACAUAGAAGAAGAUGACCUAAUAAUUCCAAGCAAGCAAUAUGAUUCUGACAGGCUUGGAGGAAAAUUUGAAAGAUAUUGGCUAGAGGAAUACGAUAGAGCUCUGCGAGAGAAUCGUAAGCCGUCACUUGUCAAAGCACUUACGAAGGCGUACUGGUUAGCGUAUCUUCCUGGAGCGUUUCUUCUUUUGAUUAACGCCACGGCAAGGACUGUUCAACCUUUACUUUUUUCUGAGCUUCUAUCUUACUGGUCAGCUAAUGCAAGUCAGUCUAUAACAAGACAAGAAGCGGGAUUUUAUGCGAUUGGAAUGUUAGCAUUAAACUUAGUCGGUGCCUUAAGCCAGCAUCAUAACAACUUGUUCGUGAAUCGAUUUAGUUUAAAAGUGAAAGUAGCGUGCUCAUCUCUAAUAUAUAGAAAGAUACUGCGUAUGAACCAGUUGUCUAUUUCGGAAGUAGCUGCUGGAAAAUUGGUGAACAUACUGUCAAAUGAUGUGGCUCGUUUUGAUAUGGCAUUCAUGUUUCUGCACUAUUUAUGGUUGGUCCCAUUACAAUUAGCGAUUGUGAUGUACUUUUUGUACGAAGCUGCUGGAUAUGCACCAUACGUUGGACUUUUUGGUGUUGUCCUCUUAGUUCUUCCUAUACAAGCUUGUCUUACAAAAUUAACGGCUGUUAUUAGACGGAAUGUAGCACAAAGAACUGAUAAACGCAUUAAAUUAAUGAGUGAAAUUAUAAAUGGUAUUCAGGUUAUAAAAAUGUAUGCCUGGGAGAAGUCGUUUCAGCACGUGGUAAAAGUGGCGCGAGCCUUUGAGCUCGCCGCGCUCAGGAAGUCAAUAUUCGUUCGUAGCGUCUUUUUAGGAUUCAUGAUGUUUGCAGAGCGUAGUACUUUGUUCCUCACGGCGUUGACUUUCAUUCUCUCGGGAAAUUUACUAAGAGCUGAUAUGAUAUAUCCUAUUAAAGUAUUUCUUGGAAUAGUGCAAAUGAAUUUAAGUUUUAUUUUACCACUUGCAAUCGCAAGUUUGUCAGAGUUAAAAGUAUCUUUAGGGCGAAUACAGAAUGUACUGAUAAUGGAUGAAAGAGAAGAUUUAUCACUGUUAAAGAAACCUACAGCAAUGAUUGUCCCAGUGGUCUUUAAGGGAAAAAUGACGACCAUUGAUUCAAAUUCAAUAGUUGCACAAAAAUAUUCUACAAAAGAAAAUUCCAGACUUUCUAUUGUCAGUCCACGCACUUCGGUAGUAGGAGAAACCAUGGUUGAAUUGUCUGGUGUGAGUGCUUCAUGGGAUGUAUCUAAAAGUCCCGAAGAAAUGACUCUUAAGAACAUAACUAUGCACUUAAAGAAGGGAAAGUUGUGUGCCAUUAUAGGAGCUGUUGGAUCAGGAAAGUCUUCCUUAUUGCAAGUACUUCUUCGUGAACUACCAGUGAACAGUGGUAAUUUGACAAUUAAGGGAAGCAUGUCUUACGCUUGUCAAGAGUCGUGGUUAUUCCCAGCGACUGUAAGAGAAAAUAUUUUAUUUGGAUUGCCGUAUGACGUGAACAGGUACAAGGAGGUUUGUCGAGUUUGUUCCCUGUUGCCGGAUUUCAAGCAGUUUCCUUACGGUGACCUAUCUUUAGUGGGUGAACGAGGUGUGUCACUUUCGGGGGGACAGAGGGCCAGGAUUAAUUUAGCGAGAGCUGUUUAUAGAGAGGCAGACAUAUAUUUAUUAGACGAUCCGUUAUCAGCUGUUGAUGCUAAAGUCGGUCGACAGCUGUUCGACGGAUGUAUAAAGAAAUACUUGAGCGGACGGACACGCAUUUUAGUCACGCAUCAAGUUCAUUUUCUCAAGGCCGCAGAUUUUAUUAUUGUUUUGAGUGAGGGCUCAAUCAAAAACAUGGGCUCUUACGAUGAUUUGGUCAAAUCUGAGAAAGAAUUUUCUUCUUUGAUAUCAGACGAUAAAGAGAAUAAAGAUGACCGUAGACCAACACUGCAACAUAGAAUGUCACGAGUGUCAGUCAGAAGUGACAAUAAAGACACCCAGGAAGAAAAAGAACAAGUUUUGGAAGCAGAGGAAAGGGCGAAAGGAAAUCUUAAAUGGGCGGUUGUUAAGGACUAUUUGAUGUCAGUUAAAUCUUGGCUUGUCGUGUUCAUGGCGGUAUUCUCGUUAUUGCUUACUCAGACGGGAGCGACGUUUUCAGACUACUGGCUAAGUUAUUGGACAAACCAAGUGGACGAGUACGAGAUAUCAUUACCGCCUGGAGAAGAGCCUGAUACCAGCUUAGGCACGCAAGUAGGCCCUUUGACAACUGGACAAUAUCUCUGGAUCUAUGGUGGAGCUGUACUAUUUAUAAUUAUUAUGACGCAAGUAAGAAUAGCUGCUUUCGUGGUCAUGGCAAUGCGGGCUUCCCAGAAUUUACACGACACGAUGUUUAAGAAUUUACUAACGGCUGUGAUGAGGUUCUUCGAUACAAAUCCAUCUGGUCGAGUUCUCAAUCGAUUUUCUAAGGACAUGGACUCUAUGGAUGAAAUGCUUCCCCGUAGCAUGCUCGAGACGAUUCAGAUGUACUUGUUUGUUACAAGCGUGCUAGUACUGAACGCGUUGGCGCUACCUUGGACAUUGAUACCUACAGCAAUACUUCUGCUCGUAUUCGUUAUACUCUUAAAGUGGUACUUAAAUGCGGCCCAGGCUGUUAAGAGGCUGGAGAGUACGACUAAAAGUCCCGUUUUUAGUAUGAUAAACUCAACAAUGUCUGGUUUAUCAACUGUUAGAAGUUCUAAUUCUCAGUACAGGCUGCUCAAAAUGUUCGACGACGCUCAGGAUCUCAACUCGAGUGCCUUUUAUACAUUCUUGGGUGGUUCAAGUGCUUUUGGGCUGUUCCUGGAUAUCUUAUGUCUCGUGUACCUUGGAGUUAUACUAGCUAUAUUUAUUUUAAUUGAUUUUGGUGAUUGGAUAGCCGUUGGCAGCGUGGGUCUAGCGGUGAGCCAAUCCAUGACUCUAACCAUGAUGCUACAAAUGGCAGCGCGUGUGACCGCCGAUCUGCUUGCACACAUGACCUCUGUGGAGCGCAUUCUGGAGUACUCCAAUCUUCCCGCUGAGGAAAACAUGGACGAUGGCCCGACUCAACCACCACCGAAUUGGCCUUCAGAUGGACAAAUUCGCUUUGAAAACGUCAGCUUGAAAUAUGGACUCGAAGAUCCACCGGUUCUUAAAGACUUGAAUUUUACAAUAAAUAGUGGAUGGAAGGUCGGUAUUGUCGGAAGGACAGGUGCCGGUAAGUCGUCGCUCAUGUCCGCUUUGUUCAGACUCUCAAAUAUCGAGGGCAGUAUUGAGAUCGAUGGUGUCGAUACCCGUGGAAUCUCUAAAAAGGAAUUGAGAUCAAACAUAUCAGUUAUACCACAAGAGCCUGUGCUAUUCUCUGCUACGUUGCGAUACAAUUUGGAUCCAUUCAAUCUCUACAGCGACGAUGAAAUUUGGAAAGCGUUAGAACAAGUAGAACUAAAGGACGCCGUGCCAGCACUUGACUUUCACGUGACAGAGGGCGGGACUAACUUUUCCGUUGGGCAGCGUCAGCUUGUGUGUCUCGCUCGGGCUGUGCUACGUGACAACAAGAUACUUGUGAUGGAUGAGGCCACGGCAAAUGUUGAUCCUCAAACGGAUGCCUUAAUCCAAAGGACGAUACGCCGACAGUUCGCAAGUUGCACUGUGCUCACGAUCGCGCAUCGUCUCCAUACCGUCAUGGACUCUGACCGCGUUCUCGUGAUGGACAAGGGCCGCGUCGCAGAAUUCGACCACCCUUACAUUCUACUCUCGAACCCCAGCAGCCUGCUCAACUAUAUGGUUAAAGAGACUGGGGAGGGAAUGAGCAAUGCUCUCUAUGAAACAGCUAAGGCAAAGUUCCAAAGCGAAGUCUCGUGAUUAAAGAUCUGUACAGUGGCAACCAUCUUGUAACUAAAUUUUCAGUGAAAAAUAUCGUUAAAGAGA